CUCCCCCAGAAACACACUGAUAGGAAGGACACGCUGAGCCCACCUCUGUGGGUGGUGCGUUCCACAGUAGUAGGGGGAACCUUUCUCCCGGAGAAUACCGGAAAAAGGUGUCGGAAGAAUAAACGUGGCGUACCGGAAGUUGUUAUUAUUGGAGAGGGAAGCAUUUCUUGGUCGGAUCAGAGUAGAUGUGUUACAAUGGCUGGGCUUGGUGUGCGGGACCCCGCGGUGGAUAGAUCUUUAAGAUCCGUGUUCGUUGGGAACAUUCCCUAUGAAGCUACAGAGGAGCAGCUGAAAGAUAUAUUUUCUGAAGUCGGACCUGUGGUUAGUUUCAGGUUGGUGUAUGAUAGGGAAACUGGAAAGCCCAAAGGAUAUGGCUUCUGUGAGUAUCAGGAUCAGGAGACAGCCCUCAGUGCCAUGCGCAACCUAAAUGGGAGAGAAUUCAGUGGCCGAGCGCUACGCGUGGACAAUGCUGCCAGCGAGAAGAACAAGGAAGAGCUCAAGAGUCUGGGAACAGGUGCACCUGUUAUUGAGUCCCCGUAUGGUGAUCCAGUGUCUCCAGAGGAUGCACCAGAGUCUAUAAGUCGCGCUGUGGCCAGCUUACCUCCUGAGCAGAUGUUUGAACUCAUGAAACAGAUGAAGUUGUGUGUACAGAACAGUCCUCAGGAGGCUCGAAAUAUGCUGCUGCAGAACCCACAGUUGGCUUACGCCCUCCUGCAAGCUCAAGUGGUAAUGAGAAUUGUGGACCCGGAGAUUGCUGUGAAAAUCCUUCAUCGUCCAACUGUUGUGCCACCCAUUAUACCUGGAAACCAGCAGCCAGUUCAAGGCCCAAACGUUCCUAUAAAUCCCCAGAAUGCCCCUGUUGGUGCACAGCCGCCCCCUGUGGUGGCAAUGCAUGUGAAUGGUGCUCCACCAAUGAUGCAACCACUCCCUAUGCAGGGUGGAGUUUCUGGUCCCAUAGUGAACCCCGGGCAAGGACCUGUUCUACAAGGCGGAGUCUUGCAGCCUCAGAUAGGGAUUCCUCCUGGCCCAUCAAUUCCUUUGGAAAGAGCUCAAGGGAGCCUACAGCACUCUCCUGUGCCCUCUUCUGGGCCUGCUCCUAUAGAGAGAGUAUCAGUUCCUAUUCCUGAUCCUCGCGCUCCUGUACAGCGUGGCCCUCCAAAUGCUAAUGUCCCACCCCGUGGUCUUCUUGGAGAUGGACCCAAUGACCCACGAGGAGGAACUCUACUUACAGUGACAAGUGAAGAGCAACCACCUAACCGUGGGUACAUGCCACCACCUUUGCAAGGUGGUCCACCCAUCCACCAUGAUCGAGGCCCUGCACCUCUUCAAAAUAGAGGUGGGCCAAUGGGGGAACCACCUCGGCCUAUGAUGGUUGAAUCCAGGGGUGCACCCCUAAUAGAUCCACGAGGAUCUCCUUUAGAUGCACGAGGUGGCAGGGAUCCCAGAGCAAUGGAACCUCGAGCCAUGGAGACAAGGGGCCCUGUUCCUGGCCCAGCACCCAGAGGACCUAUGCCUGGAAUGCAAGGACCAGGCCAAGUUGGUCCUCAGCCCCCAAGACAGGUUCCCGGUGUUCCUGCAUCUUCCCAGCAGGGUGGUUUUAGUCCCGGGCAGAACCAGAUUACCCCACAGGACCAUGAAAAGGCUGCCCUAAUCAUGCAGGUUUUACAGUUAACUCCAGACCAGAUUGCUAUGCUGCCACCCGAACAAAGGCAGAGCAUCCUUAUCUUAAAGGAACAGAUUCAGAAAUCCACAGGAGCACCCUGAUUGUGAGUGCACGAUUACCCUAAUGGCGGAGUUUUAGGCCACAGGGACUCCGCAUGUUGAGAGUAAAACAAUAUUGUUUCUAGGCUCGUUCAGACACGUGUGCAUGCACACGCGCAUGCAUACAUACAUACAUACAUACAUACAUACAUGCAUGCAUGCAAGCACACACACACACACGUACACACGUACGUUCUGGAAAAAUGGAUGGAAAUGCAUGAGAGGAUGCACACUUCCAUUCAUUUUUUUUAAAGUUAUAAAUGCGCAAUACACCUUUGCCAGUAUAACCUUUUGUACUGAUAGCGCGUGUUGAUGCAUUGAAAAUGUGUCAUACUGCGGUUUAAAUUGUUAAAAGCCAUAUUAACACUUGAAAACGCAUUGGAUGGAAUAAUGCAAUUGAAUCUUAUUUGUAAUGUGAGGACGGUGGGGGUGUACAAACCCUUAAGGUUUAGAGAAGGAGUGUGUGAAUGUUCAGUGAGGGGCACAAACCAUUUUGUAUUUUAAGAAUGUGUAUUAAAUGACAAUUUGUAACACAAAAAAUGGGCCAGCACUGCUGGUCAGUAACAUAUUAGGAGGAAAGUGCCCAGUAAGAGCUGAAUGUUUCAUAAUGGAUUUAACUGGAGUUGCUUGCAUUUGUUUCCUCCCCUGCUUAAAUCACCUGUUACUCAUUACCAUGUCACUAGUCAAUGUUGUUUUCUCUCCUGUCUAGUUUAUUUUUUUUAUAUUAAAAGUGUUAACAAACA